AUAUAAAAAUAUAUAUGUAUAUACAAAAUGAAUAAAACGCAUGCGUGAUAUGAAGAAGCCACGCAGGCAGCUGAACUUUCGUGCAAAUCGAUUGUUCAUAAAAGCAUUAAAGCACAGAGUAGACAGUACACUUUAGUGAGUCAGUACGGGAGUAAAAAAAUUCAAGUUUAUCAAAUUUGAAGGCCUCAUUUCGUCAAUUUAAACUAAAUUGUUUGUCAGUUGAAUAAGUUUAUUUAAUCAAACAACGAUGGGUAAGAGAUUUGAAACAAUUGCUGCAACAGCUUGUAUGACAACUCUUUUGAUGCUUUUCAAUUUUGUUUUUUGGUGCACGGGAAUCGCAAUGCUAUGUGUUGGAAUAUUAAUGCGGAUACAACUUCGCGAUUAUGUUGACAUGAGUGUUGAAGGAAGUGGUGCAGCCUUACUUGGACUGGCUUGUUUAGGAGGUCUGGUAGUUCUUGCUGCAACACUUGCCUGUUGCUGUACCGCACGCGGACAUCCGGCUUUGUUGUAUCUGUAUGGUGGAUUCCUAGCGGUUGUGGCAUUAUUGGAACUAGGUGCGGGUGCAUCUGUUUAUGCUUAUCGAACCACACUAACUGAGGGCUUUGAUCAAGGAUUAAAUGACAGCAUGGCACUUUAUGGAAUCGAUAAAGCUAAAAGCGCUCAUAUUGAUGUCAUGCAAUCAACGCUUCACUGUUGCGGAAAUCGAGCUUAUACUGAUUGGUCUGAAAUGAAGCCUCCGAAGAAAAUUCCCCAGACUUGCUGCAAAUCCCGCGACAAGUGUGCCAUUGACAACAUAAAUGACAUUUACGAUGAAGGCUGUUACGACCUGGUGAUCGAUUUUAUUAAUAGUAAUAUUGGUCUGGUAGCUGGAAGUGCUGUCGGGGUGGCUUUCUUCCCAUUGAUUGGAGUAUUUUUGGCAUGUUGCCUCGCAAGUAAUAUUAACAAAGCUAAGUACGAGCAAGUGGCUUAAACCAAUUAUUAAUUAGUUAGUUUAUGCAGACUAUUGAUUAUUUAUUACCUCACUUUGAUAAUAAUUGGCGUCAUAUAUGUAUACAAUGUCUAUUAUAAUUAACUAAAAAUGGUAUGAUUUUAAUUCUGAAGAUUUUUGUAUGGAAUAUUGCUGAUUUUUUAUUAUUUCAAAUGAUCUAUUUAAAAUAAUUUUACAUUUUUUUUCAUCUAUUUUUUCUAAAUAUAUAUCGUUGAAGAUUAUAUAACUUUUAAUAUGUUGUGUAAUAUGAUAUGACUGUGAAUUUAUUAGAAGAUACUAUUGAGAAAAGCAGGGCAAGUUGAGUUUAUAAAAUGAAAAUCGAUAAAAAAUUAUUAGAUAAAUAUUUUAAAAAUCAAAAUAAAAAAUAAUUAAUCUUUGUCUUAAUAUUGUGCGACUCUUUGCUAAAAAUUAAAUUUUUCACAUUUUAAAAAUGACUAAUAAAAAAUUUUAAACACUUUUUUGAAUAAUCUUACAAAAUGAUGUUCUUAAAAAUAAUUAAUUGCUUGACCUUGACAAGUUGGAAGUAAAGCACGAUUUCAAGCGCGUCGCGUUACGAGGCGUGCAAAAAUAAAAAAUAAAUUUUUUCAUUAUAAUUAUAUAUUUUUCUAAUUACUUUAUCGAAGUGAUUCUUUUGUUCAUUGGAAUCGAAUUAGUUUUCAAGAAAAAUUUACUAAAAAAUAUAGUUAAAAUUUUAAGGAGAUUACGGAAGAAAACAAUAUUGACGGUCUAAUUAUCAAUUGGUCUUACUCCUUAUUUUUUCUCGGAUGAUUUUUCAACAUUUUGAUGUAGCAAUAGUCCAAUUAUAAAUUAUUUGAAUGAUCCA